GGUGAUAACCACAGUGUAAACUAAAAAUCCAUACUGGGGAUGGAGGCUGAGAGGAGGUUUCAGGGCCAAAUGACCAGAACACUUGCAGCUGGAAAGAACUGUAGAGAGGACUUUGGAAAGCGGAGGGUUGACAGAGCCGGUAGUUUUCUCCUGUCCAUUCAUCUCCUAGGCUGAAGCUCCUGAGGGACUCACAUCAGUUAUCUUGCUGCUCCAGAAGGGUGGGAGAUGGCAGUUUUCCCAAGCUCCGGUCUCCCCAGAUGUCUGCUCACCCUCAUUCUCCUCCAGCUGCCCAAACUGGAUUCAGCUCCCUUUGACGUGAUUGGACCCCCGGAGCCCAUCCUGGCCGUUGUGGGUGAGGACGCCGAGCUGCCCUGUCGCCUGUCCCCGAACGCGAGCGCCGAGCACUUGGAGCUACGCUGGUUCCGAAAGAAGGUUUCGCCGGCCGUGCUGGUGCAUAGGGACGGGCGCGAGCAGGAAGCCGAGCAGAUGCCCGAGUACCGCGGGCGGGCGACGCUGGUCCAGGACGGCAUCGCCAAGGGGCGCGUGGCCUUGAGGAUCCGUGGCGUCAGAGUCUCUGACGACGGGGAGUACACGUGCUUUUUCAGGGAGGAUGGAAGCUACGAAGAAGCCCUGGUGCAUCUGAAGGUGGCUGCUCUGGGCUCUGACCCUCACAUCAGUAUGCAAGUUCAAGAGAAUGGAGAAAUCCGUCUGGAGUGCACCUCAGUGGGAUGGUACCCAGAGCCCCAGGUGCAGUGGAGAACUUCCAAGGGAGAGAAGUUUCCAUCUACAUCAGAGUCCAGGAAUCCUGAUGAAGAAGGUUUGUUCACUGUGGCUGCUUCAGUGAUCAUCAGAGACACUUCUGCAAAAAAUGUGUCCUGCUACAUCCAGAAUCUCCUUCUUGGCCAGGAGAAGGAAGUAGAAAUAUCCAUACCAGCUUCCUCCCUCCCAAGGCUGACUCCCUGGAUAGUGGCUGUGGCUGUCAUCCUGAUGGUUCUAGGACUUCUCACCAUUGGGUCCAUAUUUUUCACUUGGAGACUAUACAACGAAAGACCCAGAGAGAGGAGGAAUGAAUUCAGCUCUAAAGAGAGACUCCUGGAAGAACUCAAAUGGAAAAAGGCUACCUUGCAUGCAGUUGAUGUGACUCUGGACCCAGACACAGCUCAUCCCCACCUCUUUCUUUAUGAGGAUUCAAAAUCUGUUCGACUGGAAGAUUCACGUCAGAAACUGCCUGAGAAACCAGAGAGAUUUGACUCCUGGCCCUGUGUGUUGGGCCGUGAGACCUUCACCUCAGGAAGGCAUUACUGGGAGGUGGAGGUGGGAGACAGGACUGACUGGGCAAUUGGCGUGUGUAGGGAGAAUGUGAUGAAGAAAGGAUUUGACCCCAUGACUCCUGAGAAUGGGUUCUGGGCUGUAGAGUUGUAUGGAAAUGGGUACUGGGCCCUCACUCCUCUCCGGACCCCUCUCCCAUUGGCAGGGCCCCCACGCCGGGUUGGGAUUUUCCUAGACUAUGAAUCAGGAGACAUCUCCUUCUACAACAUGAAUGAUGGAUCUGAUAUCUAUACUUUCUCCAAUGUCACUUUCUCUGGCCCCCUCCGGCCCUUCUUUUGCCUAUGGUCUAGCGGUAAAAAGCCCCUGACCAUCUGCCCAAUUGCUGAUGGGCCUGAGAGGGUCACAGUCAUUGCUAAUGCCCAGGACCUUUCUAAGGAGAUCCCAUUGUGCCCCAUAGGGGAGGACUCUGCCCCUAGGGAUGCAGACACUCUCCAUUCUAAGCUAAUCCCUACCCAACCCAGCCAAGGGGCACCUUAAGGAAUGUCUCAGCUCAUCUGUUUUCCUUUCCUCUAACCCCUCUCCUCCAUAGCCUUCUGAGGCUUCACCUGCUAGCUUUACCCAGUCUGUUUCUUCCUGUUGGGUGGCAAUUAAUUAAUCCUGUGAAGGUUACAUUGCUGCUGCUAGAGAGGGUGGGGAUUGCACCUUCCAAAUCUGUUUCUGUACCAAUAUUUGGGGGAUGGAGGGGUGACUCAAACUGCUUCUAGUGUUCUCCUAAUCCCUUAAGACUAGAACCUAUAGGAAACUACUUGGAGCAAACUCAAAGGACAGAUUAGGGAUCGAGAUUGGGUCAGGUUAGCAUGGGGUUGUGGUUGAAAUAUCUUGGUAUCCAGGAUAAGGGUAUGUGGAAAAACAGGCUUUAGGCAAGUGGAAAAUUCAAAAUGUGCUGUGAAAGGACAAUCUCAGGCUGAAAUCCCAUAAAGGAACUUGGAGGGAAUAUUAUGAUGGAGGGAAGUGAGGUGAAUCCAGGCACAUGAUGAACACCUGGCUCAUCCAUAGAGUUUUCACAGCCUAUAUUGCAAAUUUUCUAAGCCACGUCCUAUAGGACAGAGGAGACUGGCCCCACUUCUAUGGGUGCUGAGCUGUGGAAAAGGGGGAGCAGAGAGGAACUGAGAUGAGCAGGGAUGAAGGGUCAGGCAGAAAGUGUGAUAGAGGAGAGAAUUUUUGACAAAACUCAAAAGUUGUUUGCACAGCUGUUCUUUGUACCCUGUUCCUUUCUCUGCGCCCUCCUGUUUCUCCCUUGCCUGGAAGUCAUUCCACCCUCAAUUUGUUGACUCCACAAGUUUCCAGUUGUCCUCUUCUUUUUGUUAUAGCAUCUGUCUAUUUCAAAGACAUUCCUAGAAAUCAUCCUUCAGUGAUAUCACCACUUGCUCAGUCACCAUCUCAACCUUAUGUCACCUCAGCCCUCAUCUCAAUGCCCAAACCCCUUACACACACCUUCAGUUAGCUUCAACUGCCUCCAUUUCCACACUGUGCACCUUUCACUGUUUCCCUACCCAGCUUUCCUACAUGCUGCCUCUCCUCAGGGUCCCCUGAAUGCUGCAUCAUUGUGUUCAGUGCAGCUGGACUGAUUGCACCUGUGUAUUUGCCCCUGAGCACUUUCCUUUACACAUGUGGCUUGUCUUGCCAAUGGACUCCAGGCUUACACCUUCCAUUUCCAUCAUAUUCUCCAGUUUCCAGGAUAGACGUUGCUCAUCGUCUUUACCUAAUAAAUAAGUUUGUCUGAUUGCUGAAA